ACUAGACUUGCUAUAACAAUGAGCAUGAGCUGGUUAAUAACAAUUUUAGCCAUUGCUGCUUUCUUUUCUUCCCAAUUAGCUUAUGCCUAUGAUCUCAAUCCUCUACAAGACAUAUGUGUUGGAGUUAAAGACACUAACGCUUCUGUAUUCGUGAAUGGAAAGAUUUGCAAAGACCCAAAACUAGCCACAACAGAUGAUUUCUUUGCUUCAGGACUUAAUGUAAGAGGAAAUAUAGUUCGAGCUAAGUUUGGUUAUUCUAUAACUGUUGUGGAUGUAAACACAAUGCCUGGACUCAACACACUUGGUAUUUCUUUCAUUCGAGCUGACCUUGAGCCACGUGGCCUUAUUCCACUACACACACACCAACGAGCUACUGAGCUCAUAACUAUAUUGGAAGGAACUAUUUAUGCUGGAUUUCUUCUACCUGAUUCUCCAAAUAUCUUUAAGAGUCAUCUCUUCUCGAAAAUUUUGAAUCCUGGCGAUGUUUUUGUGAUACCACAGGGUCUUAUUCACUUCCUGUAUAACGUGGGGAAAAAAAAUGCAACCGUACUCGCUUCUUACAAUAGUCAAAAUCCUGGAUUCGUCAUGAUUCCUAAUUCCAUCUUUGCUUCGGAUCCACCUAUUCUCGACGAUGUUCUUGCCAAAGGUUUCCAGCUUGAUAAGAAAGCGAUUAAACAACUCCGGAAGAAAUUCUCUGAUUAG